AUGAAUCCAAUGACUUCAGCAGGCCCCCAGGCCAAUACUGUGUUUGUGGCAGCACCCCACAAUGGACAUCCUGUGAUCCCCGGAAACAUGUCUCAGGUGCCCCGAUAUCCACUCAACCAGCCUCAAGUCCACAUAAUUUCUGGGAACCCACCUGGUUUGGAGCCACCUACAUAUAUGCAACUUGACCAGGGAUCCUUUAAAGAUGGCAAAGUUUUAGGGGCCAUCCAGAUCCUGAUCGGCCUGGUACACAUUGGCCUGGGCAGCAUCAUGGGGACCAUCAUCCCUGGGAGGUACACAGCUAUCUCAUUCAUCGGAGGCUAUCCCUUCUGGGCAGGUAUCUGGUUCAUCAUUUCAGGAUCCCUCUCAGUGGCAUCAGAACAGCUACCAAGAUCUUCUUGCCUGCUGAAUGGAAGCUUGGGCUUGAACGUCAUCAGUGCAAUCUGUUCUAUGGUUGGAAUCAUGCUGUUCAUCACAGAGCUGAUUAUCAACCCCCGUCGUUACUACUAUCCCGACUACUAUUUUUACUGGGGUAUAGGCCCUGGAGUAGCUACUUCUGCCGUGCUGUUCAUCUUUAGCCUCCUGGAGUUCUGCAUCGCCUCCACGUCUGCCCACUUUGGCUGUCAGCUACUCCGCCAGUCACAGAACAGCGGGCCGAUGGGCUUCCAAACCGUCUACACCAAUCCAGGACCAGUGAACCUGCCACCAUAUCAUGUCAGUGUGGUCCAGGGCUCCCAAUAA